UUAUUUCAGCUGUGAUCGCUCUUGACGUGGAAACCGAACCGGAAGUGCAUGGAAUGGUUGAACGUUCGCUUACCCUCGCAUGCCGAUUUUCAGACGCCUCCGAACACUCUUUCAGGCGACUCUUAAAUUGGUAUAUGAGGCGGGAGGGCGACCCUAAAAUAGAACAUGUGUUGAGUAUGAUUGACAGCGAGGAUCCUACGGUUUAUGGGACGUACGCUGGAAGAGCGGAGAUGUUGGGCGAACAGGGCGACAUGCAAAUCACUAGCCUUGAACUUGUCGAUGAGGGCGUGUACACAUGCGAGGUCGAUUACUACGUGGCGCACGAGAAAGGAUCCGGAAACACCGAAGUAAUCAUCAGUAAGAUUGUAGACCAAAUCACCAUAUUUGGUCACGGAGAAGGUCGAGAUGGCGAGCAGGUUGUUAAGUAUUUUCCUCCGGGUGAACCCCAGACGCUUAUAUGCCGUGCUUCACGGGCCAAACCGGUAGCCUUACUGAAGUGGUAUAAGGAUGAUGAGGAACUUACUGAGACCGAAGAAACCUACGAAGAAAGUACCGACGGUACAUUCAACACGAUCAACACGCUACAGUUCACGUCACACAAAUCUGACGACGGAGCUGUUCUCAAAUGUGAAACUAACCAGGAACCAGAGAUAGAACUCAAGAAGUCUGCAACUAUGAUCAUAA